AUGCGUGCCCAGUCAGAUCUCAGCAUGUUCUGCACCCUUUGGGAUGAGGACAGGGCAAACGACGAGGAGCCGUCCCAUAGUCCUCUGGUCUCUCCACAGCCAGCUUCGACCCGGAUAGACAGUGAGAGAAGACCAUCCGUCGUUUCGAUCAGACUUCAGCUAACCUCAGCUUCCGCAAAUCAAAAAGUAAUGUCUUUCGGUGCCCCUUGUCAAUUCCAGAGAAUGACGACACCGCGAGACUCCCCGAUUCCAGAUGAUCCCGCUCAACUUCCCUCUACGAUGUUCACACCGCUUUAUAAACACCCUGGGCCCGUCGGUUUUUUGAAAGAAGGUGCACCUGGUUGGGAUCGAUGUUCUGGAGAGGAUAAAGACGAUUGGGACCUCUUGUGUGUGAUCAAGCACAAAUACAAGCUCAAGCUACCGUCAGCCGAACACAGCGGGAGCCUUCUUGGGCGCGGGAGACGCCUUCAUCGGGCCGCUCAAACCACCUUGGGGCGAUCAGGGUACCAUGGCAAGUGCGACGCGCAGCUGUCUACCUCCACGCUCAAAGCGGAAUUCCCCGAUAAACCAGGCGAUCCGGAAGUCUCACAACGUCAACAGGAGCAAGACCGACAGCGGGGAUCGUUCGCAAGCGGUACAUAUCGAGUUCAGCACCAACAAGCAACUCUUGUCGAAAACAAACAUCGGUUGCAGGAAGAUCUGGCUCCGCCUGCACGUGGGAUGGACGUCAUCUCGCACUCUGGAAAGAGGCCCGCGUUUGCUGGUCGAGAUGGAGGAUCAAGGAGGGUACAUUCUCCUCCUCAGCCAACACCAAACAGAGGCAGUUCUAAGAUGACAAUAUCAAGCUUAGUGUCUGAGCUUGCUCCCCGCAACGAUUUCGAACGUCCGUCAACUCAGCUUAGGACCGUAUCCACUCAUGGCAGGGCCCACGCUGAAUGGGAAGGCAGGUUAGAGAAGACCAAUUCAGAACUCCCAAAAGCCCAUCCCACGGCACAAAGGAAUGGUCCAGCUGUAUCCAGAAGAGUAUCUACCAGUCCGCUCGGCAGCACUGCAUUCCUGUCCAGAGUGGGAGUAGGGGAAAGGUUGCCUACCGGAACAACCCAUACACUGACCGCUCCUACCUUCAAUCUGGAAGAAAUAGGGCUUUCACAGACCUCGCCCACAAAACUCAACACUUUCGACCACCGUACAAACGGAGUACCUUCGAUGAGCGCUUCAGAAGCUUCACACAGUUAUUGCAUCCACCAAGAUACUGCAGUCAAGGCGGAUCAAUCCAACGGCAAUCCGAGCGUAUCAACAGAAACAAUGGAGUCAAAUGCCUGGAGGCUUAUACCAACCAUUCUCACAGGAGACACUCUACAGUUCUCGCAUUUCUCAGGUUACUUCCCAGGCUCCCCGCCGUCGCAGUAUUCGCCGCAGAUGCAGACCUUCCAAGCUUCCAGUAUUCCGAGGGACUUUUCACCAUCACCUUCCCGUCAGUUUAACUCCACGCCCUGGCGAUUUACUGAGCCUGGAUUUCAAUACGAUGGAGCCGGGUUCGCACAUAGGGGUCGUGGAGAAUGA